AUGGGCUACUCAUUAGCCGUCUAUCUUUUCUCCUCAACUGCCUGUGGGAUUUACGUGUCGACUCUUUUCUGUACCACGUCAAAAGCGCCCACAGUCAUCACGAUUAUCAUUGCUUCGGCUUUGCAUUUAUCGCUUUGCAUCGAGAGGAUUUUCGCUCGAUAUUAUAGCACAAAAUAUGAGGAACAUAAGAUGAGAAUGGGGACUUAUUUGAUUGUCAUAUCGACAAGCUACUCAUUCAUUAUUUAUGGCUGGCUGAUUUCGAGUGAAGACUUCACGCUAAUGGUCCCGUAUUGCGCGAGUGGAAAUGCGGUGACGACUUUGAAACUCGAGACAUUCCUCGUUUUCUCUCCAUCCAUUGAUGUGGCCAGUAUCUUGAUCAUGUUCUUUCUGACUCGAAAAGAGAGAAAAAUCGAUAAAUCUUACGAGUUGAGCGCUAACUUCUCGGCUUCAGAGAAUCGCAAUGCCUAUUUGAUGUUGUGGCCUUUCUCAACGCUUCACUUGGUAGCUCAGAUCUCAUUCCUCUUCUUGGCCGCCUACGGACCAAGCAUCUUUUUGAGCAGCGCUUCGCUUAUCGACAUCUACAUGUUUUCAACUUUUUUCUAUGUAACUUUCUAUGGAGCCUCA